AUGGACGCACGCCGUGGACGAAGUCGUGGUAGACCGCCGAUACGAGGUAGAGGGCACCUUAUUCCUACUCCUGAGGUACAGGUGACAGAUACAAGAGAUGAGAGACAGCCAGGGCCUCCGGACAUGCAGGAGACAUUGGCAGGUCUUCUACAAGCUGUAGACGUACUGGCGGCAUCUCAGUUACGUCAGGAGCGCAGUCGUGAUGGUAGGACCGCUACGGCCCAAGCGUCACAUUCAGGUGCACCGGGAGCAGGGGACAGUUCUGGUGCCGCAUUACUUAAAGAUUUCAUGGCCCUACGUCCACCAGAGUUUAGCGGAGGCGUCGAUACGACAGAGGCCGAGGAUUGGCUAUUGGCUGUGGAGAAGCAUCUACGAUCUAUAGGCUGUGCAGAGGCCCAUAGAGUUCGACUGGGGACUUUCCUGUUGCGAGGAGACGCCGAGCGAUGGUGGGAGACCACCCAACAGCAAUAUGGUGAUGGGGGCCCGACAUGGACACAGUUUGUCGCGGCGUUCAAUGAGACUUAUAUACCGGCUUGGAGAAGCAAGACAGUCACACAGUACGAGACUGAUUUUGUGGCGUUAUUUCGUUAUGCUCCAGAGUUAGUGACCCCUGAGUCUCGCAGAGUCAGCAAGUUUCAGAGGGGGCUACGACCAGAGAUUCGUCACGCCAUGGCUGGUAUCGAGGCACCCGACUUUCCUACGGCUGUACAGCGGGCCCACGCAGUGGAGCGAGACCGAUUGAAGGCACGAUCAGAUCAGUCAGUCAUGAAGAGUGCAGGGAGCAGUAGUAAGAAAAGGAAUUGGGAUGCGGGCAGUAAGAGUUUUGGGCUUCCACAGUGCCGGCAGUGCGGACAGAGACACCAGGGUCAGUGCCGGGAUGUUCGUCGGGACAUGUGUUAUCGCUGUGGUCAGCCGGGACAUUUGAAGAGGGACUGUCCACAGGGGCCCAGACCAACUACACCGGCUCCACCAGCUACACCGGCCACAGGGCAGGAUGUCAUUUGCUUUCGUUGUGGACAGAUGGGCCAUCGUUCGAACGUGUGCACCUAG